ACUAUAUUUCUGUGUGUCGCUGCUUGUGAUCUGUCGCCCUCUGCCGCAAAGCAAAAGCCCAAGAAGACAACGACGAUGCCACGGCUCAGCUCAGAACAGUUCCUGUCGGAGCUCGUGGGCCUGUUUGAGAAGGCAAGGGAAAAGGAGUCCAGCCGCGUCUGCAUCACCGUCAAGAACCUGACGUCUGUUCCAAAACCCAAGAGCAAACGAAGCAAGUCAAAGAACCCCGGCAUGCGCGUGCCCAUCGAGGAGACCCAAGGCGUCCCCGCCUGCUUGUACCGCGCAACGCUCGGAACCAAGAAAAUCAGCACAGUGGUUCGUGUGGACGAGAUUGAGGACUUUUCAGAGGAGUACGCAACGCUGCUGCGAGCGAACAUGAACGCACUAAAGAAGAAGGACCGCAAACGACGGAAGAAGAACACCGCCACAAAGAGCGAAUGAUGGCCCCGUAUGCGUGCGGGUGUGUGUGUGUGUGUAUGUGUGUGUGUGUGCUUGUGUGCGUGCGUGCUUGCGUGCGUGCACGUGUGGUGUUUCCCUUGCAUUCUUGGUGUCGCUUGUGGCUUGUCUUCGUCGUAGAAUGGAGCUGUGCUUGCGUGUUGUGUGUUGGUGCUGUGCGUUGUUACAGUGUCUCCUUCCUCGUUGUGAGUUUCUCGUGUGUGUGUGUGUGAGUUCCUCGUGUGUGUGUGUGUGCUGUUCUUCUGGCUGAAUAGCAGUUGCAAUUGCUUGGUUGAUUGGUCAUUGUUUGCUUCAUUUCAUUACAUGACAGGCUGUACA